GGAAGAAAGUUUUAGGAUGGAGGGAGUAAUAAAAAUUAGGAGGGAGGAAGAAUUUAAUUUCCAUCCAUAUGGUCACUAUAUAUGCACAUGCAUGCACAUUCCCUCAUUUGCCAAAACUUUCCAUAUUUCCCAUAUUACCCAUAUAUCAUGGCUCUUAGCUCAAAAGCUUCCAAAACCCAAACCACCAUUUUUAGGGCACUGACCCUACAAAUCCUCAUUCUCUAUUGCCCUAAACAACCCUCAGCUGCCCUAUCAGCUGCCCCAAAGCCCUUCAAGAGGCUCUACGCAUUUGGCGACUCCAUCACAGACACCGGCAACACAAACUCCACCACCGGCCCCAUCUUCUUCACCCACGUCUCGAAUCCGCCGUACGGCCGCACGUUCUUCCACCGCCCCACCAACCGCUACUCCGACGGUCGCAUCGUCAUCGACUUCGUCGCCGGAGCUCUCUCCCUCCCGCUGCUGCCGCCGUAUCUGGACUCCGCCGCCGACAGGUCCCACGGCGUCAACUUUGCCGUUGCCGGCUGCACUGCCAUAAACCACAGGUUCUACGUGAGGAACAAUAUAACACUAAACAUCACACCACAGUCACUUGGGACGCAGUGGGGAUGGUUCAACAGGCACUUGAAGACCCUUGGGUGUCCUAAAGAUAAAGACACCCCUAAUAAUAAUGGGGAGUUUUGUAGGGCAGUCUUUGAGGACUCCCUGUUUUGGCUGGGCCCAAUUGGGGUUAAUGACUACUCUUACAUCUUUGGUUCUUCGGUCACAAGCCAUACCAUUCAACGCCUCUCCAUCUCUAGCAUCUCUUCCUUCCUGCAGGCAUUGCUAAACAAAGGCGCAAAGUAUGUUGUAGUCCAAGGCCUUCCAAUGCUAGGCUGCACCUCCUUCAACCUCUACCUUGCAGACCCGGGGAACCGGGACGGCACAGGGUGCGUGGCCACCGUAAACCACCAGAGCGCCGCCCACAACGCCGCCCUCCGGUCCCUCCUCGACGGCCUCUCCAAGCACUACCCCAACGCGACCCUCGCCUACGCCGACUACUACGGCGCCUACGGGGCCAUCCUCACCCACCGCCAGAGCUACGGCAUCGCCGAGCCCUUCAAGGCGUGCUGCGGCUCUGGCGGCGGCGAGCUGAACUUCGACCUCUUCAACACCUGCGGCUCGCCGGCGGUGGCAGCGGCGUCGUCCUGCCCGGACCCGUCGAGGUACAUCAACUGGGACGGCGGGCACCUCACGGAAGCCAUGUAUAGAGCCGUGGCGGAUAAGCUCGUCAAUGGCACGUUUUGUGACCCUCCCUUUAGCUACUUGGUCAAGAAGAAGAUGUCUUCUUCAUCAUCUGCAUGAAUUUACUAUUUUAAUUAAUUGCUCCAUUACUUGAGGAUUUUUGUUACACGUUAUUUUUGAAGACUUUUGGGGUUAUAAUUGUAAUGUGUUUUUGGAGACUCGUGUUUGAGGAUUUUUGUUACACUUUUCUCUUUUUUUUCUUUUUACAUUCGUCUCAAAAAAACUUUUCUUAUAUUUAUUAAAAAGUCAUCAUUUUU